AUGUUUUCCUCACUGCUUCGCCGAAAGCAGCAGACGCCUAGUCGUCGCGUCCACGAUCGAGAUCGAAGUGACCCCCUUUCCAAGCCUCAUCCGCUGUCAGCGUCGCCAGGACCAGCAAGUCGGUCGUAUCAAGGAGCCAGACACGCCACUGCCGACUUUACAGAGGUCGACGAUGACGAUGACGACGAUUCAAUCGGAGGUGAUGGGCUUGGUCCCUACCAGCUUGAUCCGAUCGACGAGGAUGGCCCCCAUCAACCCCCCAUCCUGCCACUAUUCUCGGCAAGCUAUCUUGACUCGUUGCCAAUUUAUUCUAUAACCCACGCGAUUCGAAUCAUCAUCCAGGCGCGAACCGAGACGACCCUCUCCUGGGACCAGCUGCGGUCCCCGCAAGUCUCGCAGUUUCUUAUCAAGCCCAUGCAACAGCUGAUUCGAACACACCAUUUUUCCAGGGCCACCGUAUACUGUCUAAUGGCAAACUGUUUGCAGUUUUCCAAGGAGGGUCAAAUGUAUCCUGGUAAUGCUGGCACGAGUAGUACUCGCGCCAAAGUGUGCGAGCUUCUUGCCCUUAAGCUGCUAAAGGAGUAUACCACCCGGGAGCUUAUCGAUGUCUUGUCGUACGAUUUCUACCCACUCCAAGGCAUGCCAGGGAUUCCACCGCCCAGUAACUCGGGACUGAAACGAGCAGACAGCCGAUUGGGGUUCAGAGCCGCUGCCGGUCGAACGUCCGCUCUCGAGGUAGCAAUCCGUGCCUCUGCGAAGCAUUUCCUGGCCCAUCCCCUCGUGGUUCAGCACCUGGAAGCUAUUUGGAACGGUGCAAUCAGCUUCUAUUCCGCUGCUGAUAGUCUGCACCGAGAAGUGCGCCCAGCCUCAGCUUUUGCUGGGCCCAAGAGACAGCCCAGCAAACCUGGUGUUCGGACCCCUUUACUGGGUAGUCAGUCAUCCAGGGACGACCGGAAGGAUACUGCUGCUGUAGGAAGAAGGACAGUGACACUCUACGACCCGCGUCAGGCUUCUCUUUUCAAACUCUCCCGGCUCCGUGUUCCCCGGUAUCGGUUCUUCCUCUCCACCUUAUCCCUGGCUGUAUUGAUUGGUUUGUUCCUUGCCGUGCUUUCCGCCAGGUCUACCCGGAUUACUACCCUGGAGCUUAUAUUCUGGUUUUGGAGUGCCGGCUUCAUGCUCGACGAACUCGUCGGGUUCAACGAGCAGGGCUUCUCCCUCUACAUUAUGAGCUUCUGGAACAUCUUUGAUCUAGGCAUCUUGAUACUGCUCAUCAUCUACUACUGCAUGCGUGGAUAUGGCGUUUUCCUUGUAGAUCCGCACCACUGGAACCAGAUGGCGUAUGAUGUUCUCGCCGCGAAUGCAAUCCUGCUACUUCCCCGGAUCUUCAGCGUUCUCGACCAUUACCCAUAUUUUUCCCAGCUUCUUAUUGCCUUCCGUCUUAUGGCUCUGGAUCUCGCGGCCGUAACCGUCCUUGUCUUGAUUUCAUGCAGCGGGUUUUUUGUCUUCUUCACAAUGUCGCAGGACAAUAGUGAUCCGGCCGAUGUAGCCUAUUCCAUUUUCCAGAUUCUGAUGGGCUUUACACCAGCCGCCUGGCAAGUAUGGCCGACAUACAAUUGGCUUGCCAAGGCGCUGAUGGUUCUCUUCCUAAUCAUCUCUCAUUUCGUGGUCGUUACAAUUCUCAUCACCGUCCUAACAAAUUCGUUCAUGGCUAUCGCCUCGAAUGCCACAGAGGAGCACCAAUUCUUAUUCGCCAUCAACACGAUAUCCAUGGUUAAAAAUGACGCGCUCUUUUCCUACGUUGCGCCGACCAACAUAUUUGCGUGGUUGCUCAUGCCACUUAGGUACUUCAUGCCUCUAAAGCACUUUGUGUGGUUGAACCGGCUCGUCAUCAAGGCCACACAUUUCCCCCUCUUGUUCUGCAUCUUCUUCUACGAAAGGUAUUGGCUCGCGUCCUCGAUGUUUGAACCCACGGAUUUGGUGGAAAACCCAGGCCGUAGUCGACCGAGGACCAUCUCCUUCGCUGAUCCGGCGAGUCGCACUGCCGUGUUCAGCCCUAACCUUCGGGUUCGUGAAGAGUCCCUGGUUGGGUUCCAAAAGGACCAUGCCUUGGAAGAGGUAUUUCGUAGAGCCCCGGGCCUCAACACUUUGCGAAGUCAAAGAAGAAAUGAACGGCGAAAGACACAGAACGCCAUCCGGAAUUGGAUGGAUCAGCAUGAUGAGGCCGGGACUUCCCCAGUUAACUGGCCGACUCUGGACAGCAACAAUCGUGGAUCGGAAUGGGCAAGACGAUUCAGCCUGGGUCGUGACCGACCACAUAGGCUGCGGCAGGUUUCGGACGUUAGGUCUGCCGCCAGCGACCCUGCCGAUCUGAUCUCUAACAGUGGUAUGGGAACAUUCCCUCGUCUUACCUCGAGAUCGAGACUACAACCUUUACCUUCUGAAUUACGAGAUCUCACCGACGCCGAUGGUGACGACGAACUGGUGACAAAUGACGAAGAAGAAGAAGACAAUGUUACUAACACUAACACGGGUGGGAAUCACGAAGAUGAUCCGACUGGGUCGAUGGAGGAGGAUGAUGAUGACGAGGACUACUUCACGACGCCGAUGGCGAGCAAGUUCCACACAGCAGCGCCCUCUUCGUUUGAGUCGUCAAGCCAGAAAUCAGCAGGGAAAUCGCCGCGGUCGGCAAAACCCAGGCGCGGCUUGCAUUCGCGGACACUUUCGACAAAUACGAUUCUGUACGACCCGCAAGAUCCUCGACUGGCCCGCAGUUCAUCAUCAGCCGACAUGGACAAGUCGCCAUUGACACGUCAGGCAUUUAACCGAAACUUGGACUUCGAUAGUCCUCCUCCAGCCGAGACGCGGUCUCCACGGCGGACCCUCUACAUGACGCCACGAUCACGCCCAACAGUGACACAGAGGCCCUCCGCGGUAACCCCUCGUUCGAUUCCACGAAUCGCAGAUCCGAUCUCGCGUCUGACGCAGGCACGCCGACUUUCUUCCAUCGACACGGGACCGGGGUCAGAAAGCACGAACUUGCUGGGCAACGACGCUAACAUCGAGGUACCGUCGAGUUUCCAAACGCAAAUGGCGAUGGCGAUGAUGAAGCAAGGUGGGGCAGCAGCCGCCGACGCAGCAGAUCGGGAUCGAAUGGGAAGGUUGAUGCUGGCGCGGAUGAAGACUCUAGAGGAGAGCUUUGCGGAUGUUGUGAAGGAGAUGAGGGAAUUUAAGAGCAGCUCCACGGCCCCGCCGACGAGGAGAAAUUCAGCAAGCGAGGGUGGCGGUGGACGGAACGCCGUGGCUAUGAUUGAGGUCGCCGGCAAGGAUAGGAGACGAAAGGCCAAAUCCACAUACGGCGCCCGGAAAAGGGUGGUUGUGGCCUCGACGGCAGCACGACGGCCGUUCACCAGUGGCAGUGCGAGAGCGGAGAACUCGGCGAAAGACAAAGGAAAAGGAAAGGCGGUAGCUGUCGCUUCUGAAUCCUCGGAGGAAGGCGACGCUGAGGAGAGCUUCACCGAGGAUCACUUCACGAGGAGGGGAAGCUCGUUCUAG